AUGUCAACAAAAUCGAACUACAAAUAUCACUAUAAAAUAACAUAUCUUUGUUCUGUGAAGAGAUUGCCCUCAGCUUCAAACGAAAAUAAUGAAGCAUACCAAAUACUAGGUGAAUAUUUUAAUGAUAACUCUCAGGAUACCACAAAUUACGGGUCUAUUGCCAUUGAUAAAUCCAUUAAUAUACAAUUAUUGCGUAAAAUACUAAUUGAGCAAAUUGAAUAUCCGUCUAAUAAUGCUGAAGGUCUAAAAGGGAGAAGACAAAGUCAUUGUGCGUAUCAAACACUAGAGGAUUAUAUCGAUGGAUACAAGUUUUUCCUUUUAUGCAAUUACGAUAAUUCACAAUUUUAUGUUGUUGUAAUUAGUAAUAGAACACCUAAAAGUUUAGCUAUCAGGUUACUGCAGUAUUUAGAAGAGCAUGAUCCCUCCGUUACUGGUUCCACCAUUACGGAUAUAAAUAAUCGUUUAAAAGAAAUCGUAAUUACUGUUCAAAAUGAUUUUAAUAAAGAAGUUGAAGAUAAGCUUGAUAUUAAUGUGGAUUUGGAAAGAGAUUUGCAGGAUGUUAUUAAAAUUAUGAAUGAUAAUAUUGAUAAAGUACUAUUAAGAAAUGAUAAAAUGGACUCUUUGGUUAAUAAGACGCAUCAAUUAAAUAACAGUGGUGUCAAAUUUCGACGUCGUGCUAUUCAAUUGAAAAGAAAGAUGUGGUUUCAAAAAGUUAAAUUUAAAGCUGUUAUCAGCAUAAUACUGAUUUCGUUGAUUGGAGGAGUCAUUUUGUUCCUAAGCGGGAAAUAA